AUGGGUUCCUUUACAGAGGAGACCGGAUCGGUUCUCCCUGUCGAGUUUAUAAGCUAUGAAUGUGAAGUAAACCAAGAUUUUAAAAAAUAUCUAAGCAAUCACAAUUUCGAGCAUUUUGGUUUCAACUACAAUGUUGUUACCAUUUUGGGUUCACAAAGUAGCGGAAAGAGUUUCUUCCUGAAUUCGUUAUUUGGCCUACACUUUCAGGUUAUGGAUGCGAAGUUAGGCCAUUCACAGACAACAAAGGGAAUUUGGGCGGCUUUUGUAACGAAUGAUGCAAAAGCUGGAAAUAAAUGUUCACUCGUAAUAGAUGUAGAAGGUACAGAUUCCAGGGAAAGGGGUGAAGGACGUUUGACAUUUGAACAUCGCUCAUCCUUGUUGAGCCUAGCACUUUCGGAUUGUGUCAUUAUUAACCUAUGGUACAAUUCACUUGGGAAUUUGACCAGUUCAAAUUAUGGAUUAUUGAGAACCGUUGUUGAGGCAAACUUGGAGUUAUUAAACUCCACGGAGAAUGAAGAUCACCCAAAGACGAUACUUCUUUUUUGUGUUCGUGACUGGUUUGAAGAAAUUGCUCCAAUAGGUAUGGAACUUAUACAUAUAUAUAUAUAUAUAUCUGCAGAAACUGUAAAAUCAUAUGUCUUGACAAAGUACAUGACGUCCAUAUGGAAUGAAAUUUCUAAGCCUGAAAAAUUUAAGGAUCUUUCAUUUGAUUCGAUAUUUAAUAUCGAAAUCUUUGGACUUCCGAAUGCAAUUGCAAAACCAGAAAUAUUUAAAAGCGAGGUUGAAUCCAUAAGAAAUCUAUGGGAAACAAAAAUAAGACCGAAAUCCUACAGCAGAAGGGUUCCUUCGGAUGGAUUUUUCCUAUAUGCAAACAACCUUUGGAAAACUAUAAUGGAGCAAGAUCACUUGGAUAUACCUUCACAAAAGGAAAUGCUAUCCAAUUACAGAUGUAAUGAAAUUAAGAACGUAGCUAUAGAAGCUGUUUCGUAUGAAAUUGCCCAAUUAUUAUCACAGUCACAAAAGGAAGUCAUCCCAGAUUUCAGAAUUUCUGCUACAGAUGUAAUUCUCAAGGCAAUCGAUACUUAUCUUUUGCAAGCAUCUAGGUACGAAAAAAAAAUAUCUUCAAGUGUUGCAAAUGAGAUGAUUGUCACACUAUGUGAAAAAAUGCAACCUAUAUUUGAUGCUAAUGUUGGACAUUUUACAAAAGGACUGGUUAUAAAGGCGAGAAAACUUCUUGGAGACGAAUUUAUGGUCCAAACAGAAGAUAAGGAUCUGCAGAUUUCUGGUAAAAAUCCAUUGGAAGUCUGGCCAAAAUUUUUGGCAAAAUGCCAAAAAAUACACGAAAAUUUGCAAGGUGAAUUGGAAGGUUAUUCCAGAGAGUAUACUCUAGAACACACAUACCAGGAUCUUAAAAUACAAUACACAUUCGAUAUUGGUGGAGUAACAGACUAUUUAGGCGUAUGUAUCAAAAAUGAAAUCGAUCUAGAGAGAGCAAGACAUCUGGAACUCUUAAAGUCACACUUAGAGUCUCUAUGUAAUUUUUCAUUCAAGAAUGUUUCAUCUACCUUAUUGCAGAGAAAUAUUACGGGAGAAAUAUUUUCAGGUAUAAUUAAUGGCAUUAUAGAACAAAACUGCGACAACGCUGAAAAAUACUCUGAAAGCUACAAGGGUAUUGUAGGGGAGAUAAAAGAUAAUGAAUUUCUGUGCUUUAUACGCAUAGUAGUCCUAAAUAAUGCAGAAGAAAAUUUACAACGCAUUGAAUCUGCUAUUGUAGAUACAGUUGUAGCACGUUUUGAAUCCUUUUUUCAAUACCAGGAAUACAACGGUGAAUCUGUUCCUAGGGAUUGGACAAAAGCAUCAGAAGAUAUUUUAAAGGGGUCUUUUGCAGACUCUAGGAAGGAUGCACUCUCUAUAGUGCAGGCUGUAAAAGAUUACAAGCCUGUGAAUAUCAGCAUUCCGCAAUGUACCAUAGAUGCCGAUCACCUACUCUACAGAGAUUUCCAGGUAAAAAGAGAGCGUAUUUCUUCUCUUCCAGACAACAUUGAAGAAAAGUGCAAAAGUAAAUUCUACGAGUUGUAUCGCUAUGCACAAACUCUACAGACAGCUGGAUCUUCUCUGAGUGGUUGGAAAAAUGUUCCACCUCUCUUUUGGCUGAUAUUACUUAUUCUAGGAUGGAACGAACUUAGAGCUAUCUUUAGGACUGUAUUCAAGAUUCAAAUUGUGCUCCCUCUCUUGGUUGCUUUCUUCUUUUUAGUGAAUUGGGUUUCGACAUCAUUUCUAGCAACGGCAAGGUUUAUCACCUAUCUGCGUGCAAUAUUGUUAUUUCAGGUAUAUUGUUCCAAUCCGAGACCAGACUCUGCAAACGUUAAUGUCCAUUAUCUCAUGGAUCGUGAACACUGUCAUCCAUAA